AAUUGGUUUUUUUUAAGCCUUGCUGAGUACUUUGUUUACGGUCCCUAGUGCCGCGAUUUGCAUCCACUCACAGAGGCGCUGUUGGCGCAGCUGGCAGCUGCUCAGUCCGAUUCUGGCUGGGAAAGGAGAUUCCUGUUCUGACUUAAUUGACAGACACACUGAUACGGGCUCUUUCAGCGUUGACUGAAGAAACUCAACGGCUGCUAUCGCUUCUCUACCAAUUCAAGUGAUUUCCCUUGUCAUGGACUGCCUCUCUCUGAGUUUCCACCCUGUUUGAGGCCCUCUAGAGCUAGUCUGUGAACCCAGUGUGGAAACACUGCUGUAAAAAAAAUGACUGAAGAACCCAUCAAGGAGUUCCUGGGAACCCCGAAGUCUCCCAAGCCAGAGACAAUGGAGAAAAGCCCCAAAAGUGAAAUUGUGGUCACCAUGGUCCCCCUGGUGAGUGAGAUUCAGCUGACGGCCGCCACAGGGGGUACUGAGCUCUCCUGCUACCGCUGCAUCAUCCCCUUUGCCGUGUUUAUCCUCAUCACUGGGGUAGUGGUCACCGCUGUGGCUUACAGCUUCGAUUCCCAUGGCUCCAUCAUCUCCAUCUUUGGCCUGGUCCUUCUGUCAUCUGGACUUCUAUUGUUAGCUUCCAGUGCCUUGUGCUGGAAAGUGAGACAGAGGAGCAAGCAAGCCAAGAGACGAGAGAGUCAGAUGACUCUCGUGGCACAUCAGAGAAGCUUAUUUGCCUAAGACUGAACGAGACCAAAUGGGAUAUAUGGCCUGAAAAAACUGCUCUGAUGUUGUCAGCCAACUCGCCCAGAACCAGCAUGUGAGAGAAUGGACCUAGCACUGGUGCGGAACAGAUGAUGAGAAUGAGGGUGGCUUGGGGAAGGAGGCUGGAAGGGAUUCUCCCUUCUGAGGAAGGAUUUGGGUCUUCUUUAAUGACAAACUUAACCCUAAGGGCUAUUUCUAGGUGGAAAAAUCAGCUUUCUCUCUACAUUAAAUAUUUUGGAGGACAUGGGAGGUGCACAGCAUUUGGUAACAUUUGGUUCACCUUGGAAAGCAGCCAAGAAAAGUGGGAAAACAAUCAGACAGUCCUGGCACACCAGAGACCUGCCUCAAAAAAAAAAAAGAAAAAUAGCCCAAACUCUUAAGAAAUUGUGUCAUUAAACUGUUCUGCUGAAUGUAAGCUUGCCUUGGAUUUUGUAUACUUCUAUGAAAUUAGGUGAUAAUUUUUUUCAAUAAGUUGAUUCUCUGACAUCUGUGUUUAUUUUUCACUUUCAGUAACUCAUCACUGGUGGUACUUUUCUUGAAGAAUAAACUAAUAUUUUUUAUGUUUUAACCUUGGACAAUUUUAGAUGAUUGUAAUGAUGUAUAAGAAGUAAAAAAAGUAAGAGGCAUAGCUAAUAGCUACUAGAUGACAUGGGGUGAGGGGAUGGUUAAAUUAAUAUGUAAAGAAUCUAAUACAGCACUUUUGAUGAUUUUUAUAUAAAAGUUUAAUGUACAUUUCCUUCAAAAUAAUAAAUACUCAUUGCUGCUGAGACUUCUUAAA